AUGACGGCUAUUGGUUUCCCAACAAGUCACAUCGCUACGUGUGAAACAUGUUUGAUCAGCAAGGUCCCGAACUGUACUGACUUCAAUCUUCUAGCAGGUGUGCAAUUACAUGCGUUUAUAUCGGCCGAUAUUCUGGACGUCUAUUGUCGCCGUUUGCAGGCAGCCCUGGCUUGCGCAUACACCAGAGGGAGACUCAACAGAUGCCCUUUGAUCUACAGGCUGCCCUUCGAUUCCCAACAGGGUGUUGUGGACGUGGUCUGUACAAACAGGAGAGAAGAGUAUUUGAAAAGCAGCCAGUGUUUCUCUAGGCAGGAGGUGAAACAGCACAUUACAUCAACAUGUCUCCCAGUCAUGGCAAGCAGCAAAGUGGUCUCCGCAGAUCGAUGCAGUACUCUAGCCUGGGUACUGGAAUGUGCUAGAAAUAAAGUACUAAUGACGGACGGCUGCGAUUCUGCCGACUCUGAACUUAUGGUCGACUUGGUACUGAGAUUCAUACAGCCAAAGAGCAUCAAGCCCCACAGUAAACAGCUGACUUGUACUACUCUAGGCAGCAAUGUUGGUGAGUAUUCGCAGUAA